AUGGAACUCAGCACUGCCUUCUGCUUGUCUGCUGCUUUCCUAUCCAUUCUUCUCUUCAAAUCACUCGUCAAAUUAUUCUUCUUCUCGUUCCCUUCCAAAGGGAACAGACAAUUGCCACUUCCUCCAGGAACCAUGGGUUGGCCUUACAUAGGAGAAACUUUUCAAAUGUAUUCUCAAGACCCAAAUGUUUUCUUUGCCACAAAAAUCAACAGGUUCAAAACAAUUCCUUUCUCACUCUCAUCAACCCUGUCAAUCUUGUUCAAGAAAAUGGUCACUUGCAUUAGCAUAUGUACAUCUACUGUUCGGUAUGGCUCUAUGUUUAAGUCACACAUUUUGGGUUAUCCUUGUGUGAUGAUCUCUAACCCGGAAGCUGCAAAGUUUGUGCUGAACAAAGCUCAACUCUUCAAACCAACAUUUCCUGCUAGCAAAGAGAGGAUGUUGGGGAAGCAAGGAAUUUUCUUUCACCAAGGAGCAUACCAUGCUAACCUCAGAAGGCUUGUCCUUCGCACCUUCAAGACUGAGGCCAUCAAAGAUAUAGUCUCUGACAUUGAAUCCAUUGCCCUAAGUUGCCUCAACUCAUGGGAAGGAAAGCUGAUCACAACUUUUCUUGAAAUGAAAAGUUAUACCUUCAAUGUGGCCCUGCUUUCAAUUUUUGGAAAAGAUGAAAAUCUGAAUGAAGAGGGUCUGAAGCGAUGCUACUACACCCUCGAGAGAGGGUACAACUCAAUGCCUAUAAACCUUCCAGGAACACUUUUCCACAAGGCCAUGAAGGCAAGAAAAGAGCUUGCCCAGAUCUUGGCCCAAAUCAUCUCAACAAGGAGGAAGAUGAAGCAAGAACACAAUGACUUGAUGGGCUCGUUCAUGAGUGAAAAAGCAGGACUCACUGAUGAACAGAUAACAGAUAACAUCAUUGGUGUCAUUUUUGCUGCUCGUGACACCACUGCCACAGUACUUACAUGGAUUAUUAAGUACCUCGGCGAAAACCAGAGUGUCUUAGAAGCAGUAACAGAGGAGCAGGGGUCCAUUUUAAGGGGUAAGGAAGAAAAUGGGGAAGAAAUGGAUCUGAAUUGGUCAGACACAAAAAAUAUGCCUGUGACAUCAAGAGUUAUUCAGGAGACUCUAAGAAUAGCAUCAAUUUUGUCUUUUACUUUCAGAGAAGCGAUAGAAGAUGUUGAAUUUCAAGGGUAUCUCAUACCAAAAGGGUGGAAAGUACUACCACUUUUCAGAAACAUCCACCACAGUCCUGACAAUUUCAAAGAGCCAGAGAAGUUUGAUCCUUCAAGAUUUGAGGUGACUCCAAAGCCUGAUACUUUUAUGCCAUUUGGCAAUGGGACCCAUGCAUGUCCUGGCAAUGAAUUAGCAAAGUUAGAGAUUUUGGUGCUUCUACAUCACCUGACCACAAAAUACAGUUGGUGUAUUAAAGAUGCAAAAAAUGGAAUUCAGUAUGGUCCUUUUGCCCUUCCACAAGAUGGAUUGCCCAUUACAAUAUAUCCCAAACACAAUUAUCAUUCAAAUAAAACGUGGAGGCCUACUAACAAUUGA